AUGUCGAACGCUAUGCCCACUGCAGCCAGAGAGAGUCCUACUACUAGUAUCGAAUAUCACAAGAGCCUCGAGGAUGAGGAAAAAGAAGAGGAGAAGGAACCCAAACAGCAAGUUUCAAGGGACUCAGUUGACCAUACCUGUAACACCAGUAGUCAAGACCAAGCACACAAUGUUGUCACGGAUGAAUACUCAAUACAAAGCCAAAUUCAACCAUUGCCCUUGUUGCCCAAUGCAAACAUGAGCGGAUUGCCGGGGGCAUUUUCUGUUGUUGGUAUUGGCGCUACUACAGAUGAAACUCAACAGAAUAAUAAUAUUGAGACAGACAAUAAUUCUCCCAGCAGCAAUGAGACUGAGGCUGUAAUUGAUGGAGCAGUCCUAGUCAACAAUGAAACAGAUAACUUGGAACAAGGAAGACAUGUGGAAGUGAUUGAAGGAACCAUCAUGCCAGCCAAUCAGCAGCAAAGAAACGCCCUUCCCACAGUGGGUUUGGCAUUUGCGGCAAUAGUUGGUUUGGGAAUCUUUCUUGCUCUUUACCUGCCUCUCACUGCUAAAUCAAAGAGUAAAGGUGAUCAUGAUCACGCAUCUGUGGUGGUGGUCAUUCAUCCACCCUUUCAGGAUGGUCUGUCUCUUCCAACUCUCAAAGCAUUUGAGAACACAAGUACACCUGAAUACAGAGCCAAUGCCUGGAUGUGGAAUGACCCCAACCUCAACAGCUACACCCCCGAAAGACAGCUGCAACGAUACGACUUGGCUUGGUGGUACUAUAUCACCAAUGGCCACAACUGGUUCCGAAAUGAUCACUGGCUCAGCUAUGAUGUGAAUGAAUGUGACUGGUUCACUCAGGCUCACAACGAAAGCAUCCUUCACUAUGACAAGUAUCCUGUCUGUGGCGAGAACAGCACUCUACUGAUCCUGAACCUUAACUCCAACAAUCUCCAGGGGACACUGCCGGUAGUCAACAGAUUCCUUUCCAGAAUGAAGACAUUUGAUAUUGGAGACAACAAUAUGCAUGGAGCAGUCCCAACUGGCCCUGCAGGAAAUAAUGAAGUAAUGGAGGUCUUUAUUGUAUCCAACAACAACUUUACAGGACAGCUAAUCUCUGGGACUGGCUUCAAACCAUUUGGGGUGCGAGUGAUCAAGAUGGGUAAAAACACUCUGCAUGGUUAUCAUGCACCGCUCUACCAUGUUCUAACCAAGUUGGAAGUCGUCAAUAUUGAGGGGAAUCUGUUUGGUUUGUUUGAUGGUAAACUCACAGAAGCAAUUGGCAACAGCAAGCCGCUCCGCGAGUAUGACAUGUCAAGCAACUUUUUUGGUGGAACGAUCCCCACAAGACUCGGGGAGCUCGCUGCUUUGGAAACUAUCGACGUUCAUGACAAUGCAGACAUGACUGGCCAAAUACCCUCCGAGCUUGGUGAGCUGUCAAGCUUGUCCUUUUUGGAUGUCACUAGAACAAAUGUAUCUGGCCGAGUACCCGAAAAGCUCUGUGAGAGAGUGCACAUUGGCUUGAUGGAGAUUCGGGCCAACUGUAGUUUGGUAGAAUGUUGUUUCUAA